AGACUGCCACGAGCUCGCUCCCUCGUUCGCUCAAUCUCUCGUCUUCGCUCACCUCUAUCGCCAGUCGGGCAGCUGGGCUUCGUCGGUGUACGACGCCGGCUCCACCCCCGCCGCCGACCAAGGCCGCUUAAAGCCGUCACCAUCGAACGCUACUCGUCCCAGCCGUUUCUUUUUCCUGGCAGAGGAGCCCCUCGCACCAGUUUUUGACAAUAAGCAAAUAGGGAAUCAUUUUGAGAAAGUUAAUAGAACAGAAAGGAAGGUCAAAUGAGCAUGCUCCUCAAGUGUUACAAACCCUUACUCCCUUUCCAGUUCCAUUCAAUCCCUGUUGCAGCAUGUGCAACUCACAUCCAUGGCCACAAUAGCCAGUAUUUUGUCUGUAGAAGGUUCGUUAAGCCCAGCAGGAAGAAGCAUGGGAUUUGUUGCUUUGGGUCGAAGGGGUAUUCUCAAUCAUUGAUUUGUGAGAAAAGGAAGGACCAAAUUGACGACAUUGGAGCAAAGAAGCAUGGUAUUGAACUAUGGUUGUACAACACUAUGACUAAAGAGAGAGAGGUGUUCAAGCCGAAGGUACCAGGCAAGGUGGGGAUGUAUGUUUGUGGUGUCACAACAUACGAUCUUAGCCACAUUGGCCAUGCUCGCGUGUAUGUGUCUUUUGAUGUUCUUUACAGAUACUUUAGGCAUUUGGAAUAUGAUGUCUAUUAUGUUCGCAACUUCACUGAUGUUGAUGAUAAGAUAAUUGCUAGAGCAAAUGAACUGGGAGAGGAUCCAAUAAGUUUGAGUGGACGUUAUUGUGAAGAGUUCCAUCAGGAUAUGGUGCAUCUUCACUGUCUGCCUCCUUCUGUGGAACCACGUGUCUCUGACCACAUGUCCCAAAUCAUAGAUAUGAUUAAGCAGAUUCUUGCUAAUGGAAGUGCCUACAUAAUUGAUGGGGAUGUGUACUUCUCCAUUGACAAAUUUCCAGAUUAUGGACGACUAUCCGGGAGAAAACUGGAAGAUAAUCGGGCAGGUGAACGGGUUUCUGUCGACUCGAGGAAGAAGAAUCCUGCAGAUUUUGCUUUAUGGAAAUCUGCAAAGGAGGGGGAGCCUUUUUGGGAGAGUCCAUGGGGACCUGGGAGACCUGGAUGGCACAUUGAGUGCAGUGCCAUGAGUGCUGCUUAUCUAGGUUACUCUUUUGACAUACAUGGUGGAGGGAUGGAUCUUGUGUUCCCUCACCAUGAAAACGAAAUUGCUCAGAGUUGUGCUGCAUGUAGUGAAAGUAAUGUAAGCUACUGGAUUCACAAUGGCUUUGUCAAUAUUGACUCAGAAAAAAUGUCCAAGUCCCGUGGUAACUUCUUCACAAUUCGGCAGGUUAUAGACCUUUACCAUCCACUUGCUUUGAGACUUUUCUUGAUUGGGACCCACUACCGAUCUCCAAUCAAUUACUCAGAUAUACAGCUUGAAAGUGCUUCUGACCGUGUUUUCUACAUCUACCAGACAUUACAUGAUUGUGAAGUCGUUUUGAGUCAGCAUGAUACAUCAAGUCUGAAGGACUCCAUCCCACCUGACACUAUAAAUUGCAUCAGUAAGUUCCAUCAUGAUUUUGUGACUUCGAUGUCAGAUGAUCUACACACCCCUGUUGUUGUGGCUGCACUAUCUGUUCCAUUGAAAACCAUAAAUGAUCUGCUACAUACUCGUAAGGGAAAGAAGCAGGAAUUGCGGAUGGAGUCACUUGCUGCUCUAGAAAAGAUAAUCAGGGAAGUUUUGAUGGUUCUAGGACUGAUGCCUGCUAGUUACUAUCAGGUUUUGCAGCAGUUGAGGGAAAAGGCAUUGAAGCGUGCAAGGUUAACAGAAGAUCAAGUUUUGGAAAAAAUUGAAGAUAGGACUAUGGCAAGAAAGAACAAGGAGUAUGAAAAAUCAGAUGCAAUUAGGGAAGCUCUGGCUGCUGUGGGGAUUGCUCUUAUGGACAGCCCUGAGGGUACAACUUGGAGACCAGCUGUUCCGCUUCCACUGCAAGAUCCAUUUUUGGAAAAAAAUUGAAGAUAGGACUUUGACAAGAAAGAACAAGGAGUAUGAAAAAUCAGAUGCAAUUAGGGAAGCUCUGGCUGCUGGGGGGAUUGCUCUUAUGGACAGCCCUGAGGGUACAACUUGGAGACCAGUUGUUCCAAUUCCACUGCAAGAGCAGCAAGUUGCUCCAAAAUGAGUGGCUUCUCUAUUCGACAUUUUCCAUAGCUUAUUGGUGUGGUGUCCUAUAGAAGUGAGUAAAUCAGUUUUCUCGUCCAACAUGAAGCUCUGAAUGGAUUUUGAAAUUUUGAAAUGUGGGAUUAUUACUGUGUUUAAAGCACUUGGUUUCCAAUUUUAGGUCAGAGCAGAAUUGGGCCGCCUAUGAUGUCAAAACGCUUUAGUAAGUCUAUGCUUGCAGUGAAAAUAUGAUACAUUGCGUUUGGAAGCAUGAAGUUUGAGCUUUGUAUUUGGCACUGUUGAAGUCAACAAAGCUCAAUACAAUUUGUAAUAUUUUUUUUUAUCCAAAUCCGUGCAAUUCUGAGUCCACAGCUCAAGCGGCAUGCCCCAAAGACACUGUUAAUUUAUCCAGUGAAUGCAAAAUAAAAGCUGAUUUUUUU